CCUGGGGGCUCCCGCGAUCACGUGGGUCUACGUCACCGCUACUCGGCCUACGGUUCGGCCGCGGUGUAGUUCCGUUCCGGCUCGGCAGAUGGAGCCGGCUUGCUUCGGCGUCUUUCCAGAACGUUCCGCGGCUUCUUUCGGCGUGUUCGGAGACGCUUGGUUUUGUCUCGGCUGUUUUCUUUGUUUGUCUUGUUUUAAACGUCGCACAACUUGUGAGUGCUCUGCGUUUUGUGCGCGAUGAUCAAGUGCUCUUUCCGUCAUGCCUGACAAAUGCUGUGUGCCUCGGUGUAACGGUAAUUACAAAACGGGGCCCAAAGUGCACGUGUUCGGACUCCCCAAAGAUGAAGCGCUGCGGAGUGCCUGGAUAAACGCCAUCCCCCGAGAAAACCUGAUCGUUUCCCAGAGAACGAAGGUGUGCGAGCGUCACUUCUCCGACGACGACGUUCUUCGGGAGGUGUCUCACGUCGACGAAGUUACCGGGAGGACGGUGACUGCGCCGCUGUCUAGGGUGCGCCUUCGCCCAGGCGCAGUUCCAUCGAAGUUCCCUGGCUGUCCAGAUUAUUUGUCGAAGCACCAUGCGAGAAGAGAAGACCCGGACAGCAAGCGAUUGCGUCAAGAGGCUUCUGCAAUGGAAAGAGCGCUUGCAGAGUCGAUCGAUUCAUUUCGCAAUGAGGAAGAAGCGGAUCGAAUACUCAGCAUAAAGGACUUGUCCGACCACUUGAAAAACGUAAAAUCGGCAUUCUGGCAUGUUAUUGAGGGCAAUGGACACCUCACUCUGGUGCACAUUGUUGAGACUGAGGCCCCUUGGAUAAAAUACUCGAUCGUCGUGAAGCCUGACCUUACACUAACUCUACAUUUUGCGAAGAUUCAGGUCACAAGGUUGGGCUCCAACUUGCUCAUACCAAGAAUCGCAAACAGCAAGAGGGGAGUUGUAGAACUACUCGAAAGUGUCGAAAAUUGGGACAACGAUCUUGAGUCAAGCUCUGAAAGCUCGCACAACGAUAUCUGUGCCACGAUUCGUUUUCUGCUUGACAAGCUGCCCGCGACGCAAAGCGAAGAUCAAGCAGCGGUCAUCCAACUGCUCGCCGAGCAACUGAAGCUGAUUUCUUCCAAGAAAGAGCGAAGGCGUUAUUCAGUGGAUUUUAUGGUGUUUGCAUGCAUUCUUUUCACAAUAUCGCCUCAUGCAUACCAGUACAUCCGUAGCUCUAAAAGCAUUGUUCUGCCACACCCUAGGACAAUCCGAUCGAUAUGCUCCUCGUUUGGAAUGAGCCCUCAAAACGAGCAGCAAAGUUCAAGUUUUCUCAGCUACAUGGCAAAGAGGAUCUCUGACUUGAACGAUGACCAACGCUAUGUGACCUUGAUGGUGGACGAGGUCCACAUCAAACCGUUUUUUGAUUAUAAAGGAGGUAGCAUUGUCGGUGUCGCACUUAAUUCCACAGAAGUAGCGAAUAGUGCGUUCGUGUUUAUGGUGCAAAGCAUCAAGUGCCAAUUUAAGGAAGUCGCUCACGUCGUACGCGUGCACGGAGCCAACGCCGAGUUUCUGCACAAGUUGCUUAGAGACGUGAUUUGCGGGCUUGAGAAAAUCGGGUACCGAGUGAUGUGCGUCGUAACGGAUAACAAUGCAGUGAAUCGAAAGGCUAUGGCUCUCUUUAUGAGCUCGAUGGACAGCCACGACACGCCUGGUACAACAACGCGCAACCAGGACACGCCUGACACAACGAUGCGUCGUUCAAACGAGUUCUGCUACCCACAUCCGUCUGAUCCCAACAGGCCGCUGUUUUUUGUGAUCGACACUGUACACAUAAUCAAGUGCAUACGCAAUAAUUGGCUGAAGCAAGACGAUCAAUGCUUCUGGUUCCCCGAGCUUCAUGCUGACACGGAAGGCCAGCGGCGCAUGCUGUGUGCGUCGUUCAAAACCAUCAAAGCUGCCUACGACUUGGAAUGUGACCAACUGCUGCGCUAUGGAUACAAAGUGUCAAGGAAAUCCCUUUGCCCGUCGAGUAUUGAGAAGCAGAACGUGAAACUUGCUCUCCAGAUAUUUGACAGCUCUCUUCCCAGUGCCCUCCGUGCCAUUGGAGAGAAACACAACCUGAAGUUUUUCAAGGAGACGGCCACUUUCAUUGAAAUUAUAGUAACGUGGUGGAAAAUUGUCAAUGUAAAGACACCCGGCAAAGGAAGCAGGCUGAAAGAUCGGUUCCAAGAACCUGUGCGCCCGGCUCCAGACGACGAGAAGGUAGAUUUUCUCUACGACAUUUUAGACUGGUUGGACGAAUGGCAGAAAAAUGCAAACAACUGCAAAUUGACCGACAAAACUCAUACCGCACUGCACCAGUCAACUUACGCGCUUCUCGAAAUAUGCAGGGACUGCUUCGAAGAACUCAACCUGUCCUACGUCCUCCUCGGGAAAUUUCAGACGGACUGUUUAGAGGACCGCUUCGGAAGGUACCGGCGGCUGGCAGGUUCCCAAUACCAUAUCUCAAUACGACAGCUUUAUGAAGGAGAAAACAAGCUUCGGCUGCAGAACACACUUGCACCGAUUGGCAAAGCUUCUGAAACAGAGAGAGAUGAAAAAUGGGAGGAAAUGCAAAAACGACGAGACGCGCCGCGCCCUAGCUACAACAUAGUAGUAACAGAAGACUCCCUUUCAAAAAUAAAAGACAUCGUCCCCGUUCUAGCCUAUGUGGCAGGAUAUGCGGUGUACGCGACGGUGAAGAAGCUAAAGUGCGAGAACUGCAAAAAUGCCCUGACAACAGACCACACGAUCACAGCCGCCACCGGCCAUGAGCACUAUCAUCUCAUCAAAGAGAUUGACAGAGGAGGCCUUCUGUACCCAGCAAUGACCGCAGUCAAUGCCGUCGCCCACAACUACGUUGUCGUGGAGGAAAUGUCGAAGCGGGUGGACUUCUUAACGAUGAGCAACCAACGCCAGCUGGUCACGGAGCUCACACUGGACUUGCUAGUCGACGAGGAUUGCGACUUCGAUGUGUGUGAAGAAGGACACACGAGUGAGGUCGUGCUGAAACAUCUGUUGUGGUGCUCUACAAACAUUCUACUAAAAAACUUUUGCCGCAAGCUCAACGACAAAGUUGUCGAAACGAACAACAAAUCUAAGAAACGAAAACUGGCCACGUUAACAAAAAAAUGAUGUGGAUAUUCUAGCAUGCACAGUGACAACCGUUUUGUUCGAGAUUUCUAACGCGCGAGUCAAUAAACACGCGUUUGUGCCGAAAAACUGGAGUAAUUGCUACCCUUGAGCGCUGCUCCGCGGCGCGCUUCGGCUUCGCCUAGGCCGACUAGCGUGACGUCACGCGCGGA